UUGAUCACAAAACAAUGUUAUGAUUAUCCUCAGCUGGGAGAAUUGAAAACGAACUGGAAUUCAGCAAAUGGAGAGGAGAGGUGGGCUCCGAAGGCGUCUGUGCAGUAGUAUAUAAUAUGUUGCUUCGGAUAUGAACCAAGGGAUCGUUUCGGCUGCUUUUCUACGUGUUGAAAGUUGGCCGGAAUUCAUCAAUCUUCCAUGAUUAUUGAUUGAUCCACGUGUCUGUGUCUGGGUCUGUGUCUGUAUACAUACAUACAUGUAUAUCCCAAUUAAGCAACUUAAAGUACUGAGCAAACCCACCUUCGAAUCAUUUCCAUUUCCUCCAUUUCAUACCCAUUGCCAGAUCUCUUCGUCUCUCUCUCUCUACAAGUUUGAUUAGAAGAAAAUUAUAUAUAUAUCUACAAGUUUGAUUAGAAGAGAAUAAUAUAUAUACAUAUAUAUAUACUUUAUAGUUGAGAGGGAUGGCAUCGAGUUCGGGUGAUUCCAAGCGUGCCUCGAGCAGCAUUCACGAGGGUGCGAGUGAUGACAAUCAGAGCGCGCUGCAGAAACAUGUUGUGUUCUUUGAUCAGAACAAAGAUGGGGUCAUUUAUCCUUGGGAAACUUUCCAAGGUUUCCGGGCAAUUGGCUGCGGCAUCUUGCUAUCAUCCUUCGCCGCCGUUUUCAUAAACGUCGGACUCAGUAAAAAAAGUCGCCCUGGUAAAUUCCCUUCCCUGCUCUUCCCGAUUGAGAUAAAAAACAUCGAGAAAUCCAAGCACGGGAGUGAUUCCGGUGUCUAUGAUAAACAGGGAAGGUUCGUUCCUUCCAAGUUUGAGGAGAUUUUCAGCAAGCACGCGCAGACAAAUGCACACGCUUUGACAUCCGAUGAAUUGAUGAAGAUGCUAAGGGCAAACCGGGAGCCAAGGGACUUUGGAGGAUGGCUGGCGAGCUACACAGAAUGGAAGAUCUUGUACGUCCUCUGCAAGGACAAGAACGGUUUGCUGCAGAAGGAGACGAUAAGAGCUGUUUAUGAUGGCAGCCUGUUCGAGCAGAUGGCGAGGGAGAAAGCUUCUGCUACGAAACACGCUGCUUAGAAGCAAAGCAAUGGUGUCUUUGGGCUACGAAGCUUUGGAUUGGAUUGGAUAGGACUUUGAUGCAUUGGAUUGGACAUAACAAUUGACAGGUUGAUGAUGAAGCAUCUGUGUUUUUGUCUCGUGUAUUGGAUGGAAUCCAAGAACAACCACAAAGCUUGUGUCCUGAUUAAUGAUUUGGAUUUGAUUACAGUUUGGAA